AUGUCGUCUACGGACUUCUACAUCCGUUAUUACGUUGGCCAUAAAGGUAAAUUCGGACAUGAAUUCCUGGAAUUCGAAUUUAGGCCGGAUGGGAAACUACGAUAUGCAAAUAACUCAAAUUACAAGAACGAUACUAUGAUAAGAAAAGAAGCAUAUGUGCACAAUUGUGUUAUGGAAGAACUGAAACGCAUUAUUCAUGACUCGGAGAUAAUGCAGGAAGAUGAUUCGUUGUGGCCGCAGCCCGACAGAGUGGGAAGACAGGAGCUGGAAAUUGUCAUUGGCGAUGAGCACAUCUCCUUCACGACUUCGAAGACUGGGUCAUUGGUUGACGUUAACCAGUCGAGAGAUCCCGAAGGACUGCGUUGUUUUUACUAUCUAGUGCAAGACCUCAAGUGUUUGGUAUUUUCACUGAUCGGUCUUCACUUUAAAAUUAAGCCCAUAUAG